GCUGGGACGAAGAGCGUGAAAAUGUCCAUACGAUGCACACAGAUACAAUCGUAGCCGUCCCAUCCGGCGAUGGGAGUCCACAAAGUGGUUACGUAUUGCCAAUUGGAUCUCUUGGGUCGAGCUUUUGGGAAGUGCUGGCCGUUUCUGCAUUGUAAUUUGACAAGGGAUGAUGGUGGCACCAGAGGCUGAAGCUGCAUUCUUGAUUUCGAGCAUCUUACAAGGAGGGUGCACAAGAUAGAGACAAAGAAGUCUGAUGUCUUGUCGUAGUAUAUGAGCAGACGGUGCGUGAACAAGAGCAUGUGUUGUCACUCCAAACAACGAGAGCGGCGAUCAUGUUCGUACUUCAGAAGGAAGUUGGGUGACGGCAAGCAAACCUGGUGCCUUUGGUGCAAUUUGGUUUUGGUAGUCCUGAAGUGUGGCUUUCGUGGUCCAUGGUAUAUCAGCCAAAGGGGGACAGCAGCUUCCUUCUCCUUGGUGAAGCGAUUGAAAAUUUUCUCAGAUAAGCUUUGCUCAGAUGGCGUCUACAGCAAAGCAGCAGGCAGAGAGUGCGAAGGAGAAGGGCAACUUCUUCUUUCGCAAGGAGAAGCUUGGGGCUGCCAUUGAAGCAUACACGGAGGCCAUCGUCCUAUACCCCACCAACGCAGUGUACUACACAAACAGAGCCCUUUGCAGGAUGAAGAGGAACGAGUGGCCAGACGUCGCAACCGACUGCCGCAAGGCCCUGGCACUAGACUCUGGCAGUGUGAAGGGGCACUAUCUGCUGGGCCUGGCCCUGCUGCGCUCCGACGACGCUGACGAAGCGGUGCGCCAUCUAGACAAGGCACUGGACUUGGCGCGGGGGGGCAACGGAGGCCUUACCAUGGUGGAAGAUGUCUGGCAGGAGCUGUCCAAUGCCAAGUUCAAGCAGUGGGACAUCGCAGCCGCAAAGAGGCGGGAACGCCAGAGCGAUCUCAGGAACCGUUUGCGGAAAGUCCUGCUGGAAAUGAAGCAAGGAGCAAGCAGAGCGGAAGGGGCCCCCAUGGACAUCGAUGCUUCCACCAGCAAUGAAGUUGAAGGUAGGAUACAGGGGCGGGGCUUCCGAGCCCCGGUGGUCAACCUCGAAGAUAGUGACGAUGAGCCCCAGCCAAUGAGCCCAUCCUCGCCAUCGUUCGAAGCAGGGCUACGGGAGAUGCAAGCAACGCUCGCAGGGAGGGCGGAACCCAGAAGUCAAGAGUCGGAAGCCAAGAGUCAGGAGGGGGAACAAAGUGGGGGCGUGGAAGUUGAGGGGGGCGAAAGCAGUGAACGGGGGGGUGGACGCUCCAGAGAAGCGCCGUCAACCAGUGGGGCGACGGAAGAAGCGGAGAGGGGGGGUGACAAGGGACGCAGGAGAGAAGGGGGUUCUUUAACCGAGAAGGAGCGAAUGCAACGGGACGAGCAAUACGAGCAAGAUGUAAACACACUCGAGAACGUGUUCGACAAGGCCGGGGCGCCGGAUCGACCAGGAGAGGUACCGGAUCAUUUAUGCUGCAAACUGACCAUGGAAAUCUUUCGGGAUCCUGUAAUAACCCCAAGCGGGGUCACCUACGAGAGAACGGCAAUCCUGGAGCACUUGAAAAGGGUGGGCCGAUUUGAUCCCGUGACUAGGGCUACCUUAGGCGAAAAGGAUUUGUCUCCGAACCUGGCCUUGAAGGAGGCUGUUCAAUGUUACUUAGAAGAGCACGGGUGGGCUUACAAGCUGACGUGACGCGUAGCUCUCAAACCAGACGGUGUUAUCCAGGGGAUGCGCCGGCCUGCAAGGAAAUUAUAGGUGGCACACGCGGUGCUGCGUAGUGUGUAGAAUACCGUUCUGGUAGGUGUGACUUUUGUAAAUUAGUCAAGGGGCCAAACAAAUCGUCCCACCAGCUUUCUAACAGGUGUCUAAAGUUGCACAACAAAAUCGGAGCUAGAUCUGAUCAGUUGGCCGUUGGUGUCAAUGAGCGGCCAGUUGCAUGAUCUGCAGUUAAGAACCUACGUGCUGCCAUGCCCGGCUGUUCCUUGAAUCGUAGCCACCACGAGCUGAGCAUUGGGAUUCCGGGUUGCACGUACUCUGCUCAAGAGCUGCCAACGUGCACGCGUCACGUAGGCAGCCGUCAAUAUCUUACACUAUUCUAAGUUCGCCCCUGGUAGCAUGUGU